AUGAGUGUCAUGGACAAGAUCAUUUUGGCAAACAGAAGACUGGGUUUCACGGGACUUUCCAUGAGAGAUGGUGACAUUGCAAGCUCAAACCCACGAAGUGCUCUUAUUUGUCAAGAAAACUCUUGCCUUUGGCCAAAAUCAGUGGACGGAUUUGUCUAUGUUCCCUACAUAAUCUCGCCAUUCUAUGAUGACAUGGACAGAAUCACCAUAGAGACAGGUAUGCUGGACAUCUUGUCUCAAACAUGUAUCAAGUUUGUUCCACGAACUCAUGAAGCCAACUUCCUCAACAUUCAACCCAAGCGUGGGUGCUGGUCCUUCUUAGGUAUGACAGGUGGAUCUCAGACUCUGUCCCUGCAGACCCCAGCCUGCAUGUGGUCAGGAGUGGCCUCCCAUGAGCUCAUGCACGCUCUGAGUUUUGUUCACGAGCACUCACGCUCCGACCGGGACACCUAUGUCACCAUUCUGUGGGACAAUAUCAUGAGAGGCCAGACACACAACUUUCAAAAGCACAAGACCUACAUCAACACAGCAUAUGAUUACAAUUCAGUCAUGCACUAUGGGAGGUAUGCCUUUUCUCAGGAUGGUGAACCAACCAUAAUUCCCAAACUAGACCCAAACAUCCCUAUUGGACAGAGAGAUGGACCCAGCACAUCAGACAUUCAUAAAAUAAACGUUUUGUAUGAUUGUGGUGGGUGA